AUGUCACAAAAUACCAAUCACACUAUUAGUGGUCGCAUGAUCUUGCAUCAAUCCCAAAAACAACAAAAGUCCUAUCCCUACUUUAAAGACACCCGAGUCGACUCCUGCUCCUACAUCCACAUGAAAAAAGGAAACCCCUACGCUGUUCCCUACUAUGAACUUGCAAACAAAGGGUAAAUUGAUCAUCACAAUAAAUCUGUCUAUGUUACAUCAACCUAUUCCGAUGAUUAUCGACCAAAACCUAAUUUACAUGUUGGAUCUGACAAGAAAACUUUGGAGCCCUACACCAUGGGUUCCUUUAGAUCUCGACUGCCAGAGCCUGAAGCACCCUUAUUGGCCAAAAAUGCAUCGCAAAUCGAAAUUGGAGAUAGACAUUUUAAUGUAAAACGGCAUUUCCUCAGUACUGCUCAUAAUGUUUAUGGCAAUUUUGGGAAGUUUGGCAAUGUGUCUAACCCUGGAAUUCUUGCAGAAAAAACCAAGUGGCAUCACCAUUUAUAAUAAUUAUGA